AUGUCCAAAUAUAUCGAACGCAUCAGGAACCUAAUCCCGGGUCUGCGCCGUCCCAACAAUGGCCCACCUCAAGGAGACGUUACCGUGGAUAUGGGGGAGGCUGAUUUUGGGAAGGAGAAGGACAUGAGAAAAAUGUCAUUCUUCAAUCCACUCGAUCCCGUGCCAAAAUAUGACUUUUAUGCCAAAGACACUUGGGCAGGACGUAUUAAAAAAACCAGACCAUCACUGGAUGUUCUACGCAAACCACCUGAUGAUCUUCCUCCACCACCAGAGGAAGAUGGACGGCCCAAAGUCAAGCUUGUUCGCUUUGGAUGGGUUCUGGGAGUCAUGAUUCGCGCUAUGUUAAACAUCUGGGGAGUCAUUAUGUACCUGCGGCUGCCGUGGAUCACGUCUCAAGCCGGACUCAUUCUGACAUACGUCAUUAUCUUCAUGUCUAUCGUCGUCACAACAAUCACGGCGACGUCGGUGUCUGCAAUCUCUACCAACGGGAAGAUCUACUCUGGUGGCACGUACUUCAUGAUCUCUCGGAGUCUGGGUCCUGAGCUCGGAGCGCCCAUCGGUUUGCUCUUUGCGUUCGCCAACGCUAUCGCCUGUGCGCUCCACACAGUGGGGUUUGCCGAGACCGUCCGAGAUCUUCUCAAAGACUAUGAUUCUCAGAUGGUGGACGAUGUCAAUGAUGUGAGGAUCGUUGGGGCAAUUACUGUCGUCAUUCUCCUCUGCAUCACAUUCGCUGGCAUGGCUUGGGAGGCGAAGGCUCAGAUCCUGUUCUUCAUCGCCAUCAUGCUGUCCUUAAUUAAUUAUUUCGUGGGGACCGUCAUUCCCACCAACAGAGAAAAGGAGUCUGUGGGAUUUUUCGGCUACCGUGGUGACAUUUUCGUGGAGAAUCUGCUGCCUUCCUUCCGAGGCCCAAAUGGAUAUUUCUUUAGGUUGUUCGCCAUCUUCUUCCCGGCUGCCACCGGAAUUCUGUCUGGAGUCAACAUCUGUGGAGAUCUCAAGGAUCCAACGGGUGGGAUCCCUAAAGGGACCCUGCUGGCCAUACUCUGGACCACCUUGAGUUAUUUAUUGAUCUCAGUCACGUGUGCUGCAACUGUUGUAAGAGACGCUUCUGGGAAUGUGAACGAUAGUUUAGCCCUGACAAAUUUCACAACCCACUGCACCGGCCUGGGCUGUAAAUUAGGCUGGAAUUUUGACCGGUGUGAACAGAACCGCACAUGUAGCCAUGGACUGGCAAACAACCUCCGGGUGAGUUGGAGGCCAGAGUAUCAUUUCUAUUCUCCAUGGACGUCUCUGUUUGGGUCUUUCUUGUCAUUCAUCCUCAUGUUUCUGUUCACAUGGUGGGCCGCUCUCGUCACUUUCUUUAUCGUCCUCUUCCUCCUUGGCUACGUUACUUAUACAAAACCUAAGGUGAACUGGGGCACGUCUUAUCAGGCGGGUUUCUACAACAUGGCUUUGUCCUUCUCGAUGUCUUUGUCUGGUGUUGAAGACCACGUCAAAAACUACAGGCCUCAGUGUCUCGUUCUGACCGGUCCUCCUAACGUCCGUCCUGCUCUGGUGGACUUUGUGGGCACUUUCACCAAAAACAUCAGCCUGAUGAUCUGUGGGAACAUUAUCCUGGAGGAUGAGAAGUCCAGUUUCCCGCAGCACAGCUCCGAUAUGCUGGUGGACUGGCUCAAUCAGAGGAAAGUUCGUUCUUUCUACACGUCCUUCACCGCUGACAGUCUGAAAGAGGGCACACAUAAUCUCAUGCAGGCUUCAGGUCUCGGUAAACUGAAGCCCAACACUCUGGUUUUGGGAUACAAGAUGAACUGGCAGGAAUGUAAACCGGAGAGCUUACAGGACUACGUCAACACCAUCAGCGAUGCAUUCGACUCCAGCUACGGCAUCGCCAUCCUGAGAAUGAUGGACGGAUUGGACGUAACAGAUAAUGUGCACAGUGCAGAUGGAUCAUCUGCAAUUGACAAUCCAGCAUUCGACGCAGAGGAAGUCCAAUACGAAAAGGAUGAGACCGACCGGAAUUCAGAUAUUUCUGACGAUGGCUCGAAUGAGCAGGUCAGAUCGGUGUUUCAGACGAAACAGGGCAGGAAGAGCAUCGACAUCUACUGGAUCUCUGAUGAUGGAGGUCUGACUCUUUUAGUGCCAUAUUUGUUGACCAGAAGAAACCGCUGGAAAAAGUGCAAACUCCGAGUGUUUAUCUUAGGAGACCAGGAGACCAUAAAGGAAGACCGUAAAGACAUGAAGAUGCUGUUAAAGAGAUUCCGGCUGGAGAUCGAGGACCUUGUCAUAAUAACAGACGUGGAUAAAGCUCCGCUACCGAAAAAUUUGCAGCGGUACGAGGAAACCAUCGCCCCCUUCAGGCUGAGUGAAGAACAGGCUGGAGGAGACGUACAGGAGCUCAAGAGACUGAGUCCAUGGAAAAUAUCCAACAAAGACCUGGAGGCCAUACAACCAAAGAUCGAGAGCACACUGCGACUAAACGAGAUCAUCAAGAAGAACUCCAUCCACGCGGCUCUGGUUGCAAUUUCUCUUCCAGUCCCUGAUGUCACCUGUCCUAGUUCUCUCUAUAUGUCCUGGAUGGACGCUCUGAGCUACGGCAUCCACUGUCCCGUCCUGCUCAUACGAGGAAACCAGGAGAACGUCAUGACCUUCUACUGCCACUUGACAGUUAAAAUCACCAUCCUCUCAUCCUUGCGUUUCACAGAUAAAAGCUGUCUGUGUAAGGAUAACAUCUACCCCUACAUCGGCUUCUUUGGAAAAGGUUACGGGAAAAACAACGAGCCUCUUUUCCCGCAGCACAGCUCCGAUAUGCUGGUGGACUGGCUCAAUCAGAGGAAAGUUCGUUCUUUCUACACGUCCUUCACCGCUGACAGUCUGAAAGAGGGCACACAUAAUCUCAUGCAGGCUUCAGGUCUCGGUAAACUGAAGCCCAACACUCUGGUUUUGGGAUACAAGAUGAACUGGCAGGAAUGUAAACCGGAGAGCUUACAGGACUACGUCAACACCAUCAGCGAUGCAUUCGACUCCAGCUACGGCAUCGCGAUCCUGAGAAUGAUGGACGGAUUGGACGUAAUGGCUGAUUUGCACAGCGCAGGCAGAUCAUCUGCUAUUGAUAACCCGGCAUUCGACGCAGAUGAAGUUCCACAAUGUGGAAAGGACGAGACCGACCAGAAUUCAGAUAUUUCUGACGAUGGCUCGAAUGAGCAGGUCAGAUCGGUGUUUCAGACGAAACAGGGCAGGAAGAGCAUCGACAUCUACUGGAUCUCUGAUGAUGGAGGUCUGACUCUUUUAGUGCCAUAUUUGUUGACCAGAAGGAACCGCUGGAAAAAGAGCAAACUCCGAGUGUUUAUCUUAGGAGGCCGAGAAACCAUGGAGGAAGACCGCAAAGACAUGAAGAUGCUGUUAAAGAGAUUCCGGCUGGAGAUCGAGGACAUCGUCGUGAUAACAGACGUGGAUAAAGCUCCUCUAGCGAAAACUUUGCAGCGGUACGAGGAAACCAUCGCCCCCUUCAGGCUGAGUGAAGAACAGGCUGGAGGAGACGUACAGGAGCUCAAGAGACUGAGUCCAUGGAAAAUAUCCAACAAAGACCUGGAGGCCAUACAGCCAAAGCUGGAGAGGACAGUGAGACUAAAUGAGAUAAUCAAGAAGAACUCAAUCCACGCUGCUCUGGUUGUAAUUUCUCUUCCAGUCCCUGAUGUCACCUGUCCUAGUUCUCUCUAUAUGUCCUGGAUGGACGCUCUGAGCUACGGCAUCCACUGUCCCGUCCUGCUCAUACGAGGAAACCAGGAGAACGUCAUGACCUUCUACUGUCAGUAA